AUGGGUAUCAAGGGUCUCCAUGGUGAACCAGGUGAAAACGGUCAACGAGGCUAUCAAGGCGAGCCCGGCAAACCGGGCCAACCAGGACAGGUGGGCUCUACAGGUCCACCAGGACCACCGGGAAAUCAAGGAGUGUGGGGCGAGCGAGGAGCGCCAGGUACGUGUGAGCAAUCAAAUUAG